AUGGCAGAUCGAAUUCCUUUCCUUGAGCCACUAAAGACAAUUCAUGAAACACGUGCCACUGAGGAUUUCGUCAAGGCAUUUGUUGUUGAGAUCCCUAUCAAAUUGACAAGUAAAGCACUCAGCAUUGUCAAACCCGUCAUUCCUUCUGGCGGCCAGCAUCCUUCAUUUAGCCACCUUCGACGUGUGUGUACGCUAUCACACUUACCUCUGGAUCUGACCUGGCGCCGUGAUUAUGACUCCGGGGUCCUUCAGACGGUGUUUCUUAUACUACCAAAUACUGGGGUCCCCUGGGAGGAUAUACAAGCUAUUCUCAUGCCCCACAUCGACGUUGAAGGACUUCCUCGUUGUUUCGAUGCUGUGGUACCACGAUUGGCGCCCUUGAGUGCUGAACAAGCCACGCUUUGGACUGAGAGGUACUGGCCGUCAAUCUUCAAUCCGUCUUCACAAGUCAUCCAGGAUGCACCGCCUCUCGACCAGCUUCGCCGUGUGCGGACCGCUCUCGAAGUACGAGGUGCGGACAAGUAUAUGAAGUUGGCAAUCAGAACCGCAGUCGAAUCUGAAGAAGGUGGGCAUGGAAGAUCCGUCGGCGCCGUGGUGGUUGAUCCGGAUGCAGGAGCCGUUGUGGCUGUCGCUGGGGACGCCCGUUGGUGGUCUGACGACUCCGAAGUCCACGAAUCAUUGAUGGCAAGUCAUGGAGAAGGGAGACCAGAAUACCAUGCCGUUAUGAGGGUCAUUGCAAUGGUUGCCAACAAGGAACUUCGACGACGUAUCAAAAAUGGAUCUCACCAUAAUUUUCUCGCCACUUGUUCCGAAACGCCAUCCGGCCAGGCCCUCACCACCAUCGAAGCACGCUACGAGGAUGAGAACAAAGUCCUUCGGGACCUCGCAGCUGGACCUGGUAACGUUGCUCUCGAUGAAGGCGACGGAUUGCCCAAGAAGCAGUCAGAGUCCCGUCCCGAUGCCUACCUUUGCAACGGACUGGACCUGUAUCUCACUCACGAACCCUGCGUAUGCUGUGCUAUGGCCAUGAUUCACUCCAGGUUCAGAGCCUGUGUCUUCGCUCGAAGAAUGCCCGCGAGCGGCGGCCUUUGUGCCGAAGCUGGCGGUCAGAAACCGGGAUAUGGCCUUUUCUGGCGCCGGGAGCUCAACUGGAGGGUCAUGACUUUCCAGCAUAAUCAGGCAUCGGCGUUGGGAGUCGGAAAUCGAAUUGACACGGGAAUAUUCCAUGCUUAG